AUGGGGAAGCAAGGUACAAAGACCAAACAGCUAGGAAGUAAACCUAGUGGAUCCAAUUUAAGGCAAAGUAAAGGAAGCGAAAAUAGCCCGAGAGCCUAUGACAAGGACACUGCAGUGUUUAUUGCCAUGUCGCAUGAGUUGAAGGAUGAGGGGAAUAAGUUAUUCCAGAAGAAGGACUACGAAGGAGCAAUUUUGAAGUAUGAGAAGGCCAUAAAAUUGCUUCCCAGAAAUCAUAUAGAUGUAUCCUAUUUACGCAGUAAUAUGGCUGCGUGUUUUAUGCAGAUGGGCCUCAGUGAGUAUCCAAGGGCUAUCCAUGAGUGCAAUCUGGCGCUUGAAGUCACCCCUAAGUACAGUAAGGCACUCUUGAAGAGGUCUAGGUGUUAUGAGGCUCUAAAUAGGUUGGAUUUGGCCUUGAGAGAUGUUACUACUGUACUGAACAUGGAACCGAAUAAUCUCAUGGCACUUGAGAUCUCUGAAAGGGUGAAAACAACUAUUCAGCAAAGAGGUACCGCAGAAAAUGAAAUUCCGGUGGAUUUGGUGCCAGUACCUGAAUAUAUGGAACCAUCGUUAUCUUCGGAUCCAACCAAGGCGCUCAAAGAGAAAGUUCGGAAGAAGAAAAUGAACAGAGAACAAGAGAAGAAAGCGAGUGUCAGGGAUGAGGGAAGUAAAGGUGCCAUUCAAAUUGAGGAAAAACCCGAGCCAAAAGUUGAUGUAGCUAGGAGUGAGAAGAAGUUUGAGGAGGAAACUGAGGCCAAAAUCGAUGACAAGAAAGCUGAAGAUAAGUUGGUAGUUGAAGAACAAAUUACUACUACUGCUGAAAAAGAGCCUCAGCGAACAGUGAAACUAGUGUUUGGAGAAGAUAUAAGGUGGGCACAGAUUCCUGUUAAUUGCAGUAUUCUGAAACUAAGGGAGGCUAUAGGUGAUAGAUUUCCAGGCCUGAGGGCUGUUCUUAUCAAAUAUAGAGACCAUGAAAGUGAUUUGGUGACAAUCACGACUACAGAGGAACUGAGGUGGGCUGAAGCAGCUGCUGAUCAUGGUUCUUUGAGGUUGUAUCUCGUGGAAGUUAAUCCAGAACAAGAUCCAUUUUAUAAGAAGCUAAACAACAAAGAUGAUGUUUAUGAACUUGGAAUGAAAAAGAACAAAAAGAUGGAAAAUGGGCAUAUGGAGCUUCUGAAUCAACCAGUUUGUAUCGAGGAUUGGAUCAUCCAGUUUGCUUAUCUAUUUAAGAACUAUGUUGGGUUUGAUCCUGAUUCUUACUUGGAUCUGAAUGAGCUAGGGAUGAAACUUUACUCUGAGGGUUUGGAAGAAGCAGUCACUAGUGAGGAGGCUCAAGACUAUUUGACGAUGGCAAGUGAUAAAUUCCAGGAGAUGGCUGCAUUGGCUCUGUUCAACUGGGGAAAUGUUCAUAUGUCUAGGGCCAGGAAGAAAGUUUACCUCACUGAAGACGCGUCAAGGGAAUCUGUGCUUGAGCAGGUAAAAAUUGCAUAUGAGUGGGCACAAAAUGAAUACUCGGAGGCUGGCAAGAAAUAUGAAGAAGCACUUCAUAUUAUGCCAAAUUUCUAUGAAGCAGUUCUUGCUCUUGGGCAGCAACAGUUUGAGCAGGCAAAACUUUCGUGGUAUUAUGCGAUUGGGACCAAUGCCGACUUAGAAUUGUGGCCUUCGACACCAGUUCUUGAACUUUACAACAGAGCCGAGGAAAACAUGGAAAGGGGUAUGCAGAUGUGGGAGGAUGCAGAAGAACUUCGUUUACAUAAACUUCAAACUCCAAAUAAAGUUAAAGGCUUGUUACAGAAAAUGAACUUGGUUGACAUGGUUAAGGACAUAUCCGAUGAUGAAUCAGCAGAGCAAGCUGCAAGUAUGAGAUCUCAAAUAAACGUUUUGUGGGGGACAAUGCUAUAUGAAAGAUCAAUGAUGGAAUUCAAACUAGGGCUUCCAGUUUGGCAUGAAUGUCUGGAAGUUGCUGUAGAAAAGUUUGAACUUGCUGGAGCUUCUCCAACAGACAUUGCUGUCAUGAUGAAGAACCACUGUUGCAAUGAUACUGCCGCUGAAGGAUUGGGAUUCAACAUUGAUGAGAUAGUACAGGCCUGGAAUGAGAUGUAUGAAGCAAAAAGGUGGCAGAGUGGAAUUCCUUCUUUUCGACUAGAGCCGCUGCUCCGGCGACGAGUCUCUAAGCUCUAUUAUGCCCUCGAACUUGCAUGA